UAAAAAUAGACGUUAAUAAUCUUCAAUAUUAAUUAAUCUCUAAUAAUCCCAAUUCCCAUCUAAAAGAGGUUUAAUUUAUUAUUCCCAUUCAACCGCCGGCAAAACCAAGAAAUUAACGAAGAAAAUCAUCGGAGGGAGAGGAGAGGAGAGAUAAGGUGAAAGAAAUGAUGAGAACAGAGGUUCUAAAAGCCUAUAGACAGAUUCUCAAAGCCACUCGAAAAUCGUUUGCAGGAGAUUCCCAGAUGCUUAAAGCUUCUGCCAUGGAAGUUCGUACCAAAUUUGAAGAGAAUCGAAGCGUCGCUUCUGAAUCCGACAUUCAAAGGCUUAUUGACGAUGCUUACACAGCUGCUCAGUUCAUUUCUACCAACAUCGUCCAAGCCAAGCUCAAUGACCGUGGUUCUUAUGAAAUGAAACCAAGUAAAGAACACGCUGGUGCAACUUUGGAGGUUCCAUCAGAAGAGAUUUUAAAGAAUUGAGAUUAUAAUGAACACAGCAUUCGCUUUUACUGCAUUGGAUUUCUCGGGUAAUCUGUACCAUCAGCUUGAACAUUUUUACAAUCGUACGUGCAAUGGACUAAAUUAUCCAUGUAAUAAUUCCAUGGAGGCUCGCAUACUGUUUUUUUAAUGUUUUUUUAAUCUGAGUUUUUAACAAUCUAAGGACCAGGAGAGUAGGAGGAGGUUCAGCAGUAAGCUGUUCAGUGAAUUGUUUUCAGGGUUCCUGAUAUGUCCUUAACGAAGAACAAAAGAGUGAUUCUCUCCUAUCAAGAAAACAUCAGUGAUUCUUCUUUCCUGUUAAGAACCUUGAAAGGAAAUUCUACUUCACUUUGAUACUCUCUUUGGAAAAGAAUUGCAAAAAGAAAUUAGGUCAUGGUGGUAACUUUGAAGUUAACACUGAUACUCUUUUGUUCUAAUAUAUUACACCAUUUCUAUUUUGGAUA